AUGGACGACGACAUGUUCGACGUCUUCGAGGGCGGCCCAUCCACGGACACCGCGCCCCGGAAGAACAAGAAGCGCCAGGCGAAUGGCACCGUCAAGUCGCCUGAACCCGUCGCUGACACUGCUAUGGCGGAUGCGUCUGCAGAGCCAGCUGGGACCGCGAACGACAACAGUAGCGCGCAGGCUCUGAAGAAGAAGCAGAAGCGCGACGAGCCCGAGCCUAUAGUUACCGACGAUUUCGAGACAGAACAGACGCGCGAAAUGGCUGCCGCAGCGGGUCUUCAAGCGCAGUCGCAAGAGGGUCAGGCAGUGGUGCUUUCGCAUCAGGUCCGCCAUCAAGUCGCGCUCCCUCCGGACUACGACUACGUCCCCAUCUCUGAGCACAAGGCCCCCGCAGAGCCCGCGCGCGAGUGGCCUUUUACCCUAGAUCCCUUCCAGCAGGUCUCCAUCGCCUCGAUACAGCGAAACGAAAGCGUUCUGGUGUCAGCGCAUACCUCUGCCGGAAAGACAGUUGUGGCAGAAUACGCCAUCGCGCAAUGUCUCAAGAACAACCAGCGAGUCAUCUACACCAGUCCUAUCAAGGCGCUUAGCAACCAGAAGUACCGAGAGUUCAUGGCAGAGUUUGGCGACGUCGGUCUGAUGACUGGUGAUGUCACCAUCAACCCCACUGCAACCUGUUUGGUCAUGACGACGGAGAUUCUGCGCUCUAUGUUGUACAGGGGUUCCGAGAUUAUGCGCGAAGUAGCUUGGGUCGUAUUCGACGAAGUUCACUACCUGCGCGACAAGUCAAGAGGUGUCGUCUGGGAAGAGACUAUCAUUCUUCUGCCAGACAAGGUCCGCUACGUCUUCCUCUCCGCCACCAUUCCCAACGCCAUGCAGUUCGCCGAGUGGAUCACCAAAACUCAUAGCCAGCCGUGUCACGUUGUUUACACCGAUUUCCGUCCGACGCCGCUACAACACUAUUUCUUCCCCGCUGGUGCCGACGGUAUACAUUUGGUGGUUGAUGAAAAGGGUGUGUUCCGCGAAGAGAACUUCCAGAAAGCCAUGUCUUCCAUCGCGGACAAGGGCGGAAGCGAGGCCAAGGACUUCAUGGCGAAGCGUAAAGGCAAGGGCAAGGACAAGAAGACCAACACGGGCGGCAACAAGGACCAGACGGAUAUCUACAAGAUUGUCAAGAUGAUCAUGGUCAAGAGCUACAACCCGGUCAUCGUCUUCAGUUUUAGCAAGAGGGAAUGCGAGAACUACGCGCUUUCUAUGAGCUCGCUCGCGUUCAACGACGAUUCCGAAAAGGCCAUGGUGACCAAGGUCUUCAACAGCGCCAUCGAGAUGUUGUCAGAGGAGGACCGACAACUACCCCAGAUUCAGCACAUUCUCCCCCUUCUCCGGAGAGGCAUUGGUGUUCAUCACUCCGGUCUUCUGCCUAUCUUGAAGGAGACCAUCGAAAUCUUGUUCCAGGAAGGACUGAUCAAGGUUCUCUUCGCGACCGAAACCUUCUCUAUCGGAUUGAACAUGCCGGCCAAGACAGUCGUUUUUACCAGUGUGCGCAAGUUUGACGGAGUAUCGCAGCGAUGGGUCACGCCUUCUGAGUUCAUCCAAAUGUCUGGCCGAGCUGGGCGUCGUGGUCUCGAUGACCGUGGUAUUGUCAUCAUGAUGAUUGGCGAGCAGAUGGAGCCUGCUGUGGCUAAGGAGAUUGUCCGCGGUCAACAGGAUAACCUCAACUCAGCUUUCCAUUUGGGAUACAACAUGAUUCUCAACCUCAUGCGAGUGGAAGGCAUUUCCCCCGAGUUCAUGCUGGAGAGGUGUUUCUUCCAGUUCCAGAGCACGGCAGGUGUCUCCAACCUGGAGAAGCAACUUGAGAAGCUUGAAGAAGAAAAGGCAAACACCAACAUUGUUGACGAGCCGGCUAUCAAGGACUACUACAAUCUGCGACAGCAACUGGACAACCACACUAAGGACAUGCGUGACGUGAUCAUGCAGCCGAACUACUGCUUGCAGUUCUUGCAGGGUGGCCGAAUGGUCAAGAUCAAGUUCAAGGACUAUGAUUUCGGCUGGGGUGCUGUUGUAGCGUACACGGCUCGCAAGGCUAAUAAGGGCGAAGUUCUGCCACCUGAAGAAUCCUACAUUGUCGACGUUCUACUACCGGUCAGCAGCGACACUAAGUUUGUACCAGCGGUGAACGACGGCCUACCGCCUGGUGUGCGCCCACCUGCGGCGGGAGACAAGGGCAAGAUGGAGGUUGUCCCUGUGGUUCUGAACUGCAUCGAAUCUAUUGGUCAUCUCCGUGUCUUCCUCCCCAACGAGCUUAAGUCGACAGAGCAACGGAACAAUGUUCGCAAAGCACUGAGCGAGGUCAAGAAGCGCUUCCCUGACGGAAUUGCUAUCUUGGACCCAAUCGAGAACAUGGGCAUUAAAGACGACAGCUUCAAGAGGCUGCUAAGGAAAAUCGAAGUACUGGAGUCCCGUCUUCUCUCGAACCCUCUCCACAACUCGCCUAGGCUACCCGAAUUGUACAGCCAAUAUGCGCAGAAGAUUGCGAUUGGUGAGAAGAUCAAGAACAUCAGGAAAGAGAUUGCGAACGCUUUAUCGGUCAUUCAGUUAGACGAGUUGAAGAGCAGGAAACGUGUGUUGCGACGCCUCGGCUUCAUCGACGAAGCCGAUGUCGUGCAGCUAAAGGCCCGUGUCGCUUGCGAAAUCAGCACUGGUGACGAGCUCGUGCUUAGCGAGCUGCUCUUCAACCGUUUCUUUAAUGAGUUGACGCCAGAGCAGUGCGUCGCUUGUCUUAGCUGUUUCAUCUUCGAGGAGAAGACGCAAGAAGUGCCAGCGCUCAAAGAAGAGCUUGCCAAGCCAUACCGCGAAAUCCAACAGCAAGCUAGGGUUAUCGCGAAGAUGUCACAAGAGAGCAAGCUGACAGUCAACGAGGAGGAGUACCUCAAGUCGUUCAAAUACGAGCUGAUGGAGGUCGUCUUCGCCUGGUCGAAGGGUGCGACGUUUGCACAAAUUUGCAAAAUGACCGAUGUGUACGAGGGAAGUCUGAUUCGUCUGUUCAGACGAUUAGAAGAGUUGCUCCGACAAAUGGCCCAGGCCUCCAAGGUCAUGGGAAGCGAAGAGCUUGAGCAAAAGUUCACUGCAGCACUUGAGCUCGUCCGCAGGGAUUUGGUCGCCGCCCAGUCCCUGUACCUGUAA